GAGUUGUUGUUCUUUACGCCUGGUGGUGCCACGCGCCGAGCAUCAUCGUCAUCAUCGCCAUGCCUCGAGGAUUCUUGGUUAAGAGAAACCGGCGAUGUUCGGCGUCACACCGGUCACGAAAUAACAGGAGCAACAAACCUGUAACAUAUUACGGUGACCGUGACAGGAACAACAGUGAUGACUCUGAAGUGACAAAACCGGAGGCGGCCAGGGAGAACGGUGUGCUGAACGUUUCUCCGUUUGAACGGACAGAUGGACUUCUCCCGGUGUCCCGCGAAGACUCCGCCGGUGUCAGAGAGGCGUGGAGCCCGCACGUGGAGUCCGCGCUGGAGGCCGAGGCGGACCGGCGCGCUCAGUUACCGGAGACCGAGCAGCAGGUGAGCGAGGUGGACGUUUUGACUCCCGAUAGUGAUUUCUCCUGCUUCUUCCCAGCUCCCCCUCUACCCCCACGCGACGUGACAUUAACAGAGUCCUGCAGCCCAGUUAAACCGGUCGGCACGAGACUGCAGGAACACCAAGAGGAAGGACAUAAGUUGUUCCCCGGGAAGUGCCUGACAUCACCCCCAGUGUCGGAGUUACCGGAGCUGCCGUUCCUGGUGAGCUCCACGCCGACCUCCGUGUCCGCUUCUAUCGAGAGGCUCCUUGCGGGCAGCAGCCGCCACGCACCGUCCUACGGUCCCAAUGGCAAAUAUGACCCGAAUAUUGGUCACGUGCACUUGUUCCCGCCACUGACACUGAUGCAGGAGCAGCAUCACGCGGCGAGGAAACGCUCGUUCCUCGAACAGGACCAACGCUUGAACGGCAACAGACACCACAAACAGUCGGCGGGCAACCCGUCAAAGAAACCCAAAGUAAACCGAAAACUCAACUUCGAGGACGAGGUCACGACCUCGCCGGUUUUGGGUCUGCGGAUCAAGAAGGAGAGUCCCGAGCUGAGGAGGCAGCGGGAGAAGUCGUCUGCUCUCAACGGGAACCAGCCGCUGGGAGAGUUCAUCUGCCAACUUUGCAAAGAGGAGUACCUCGACCCUUUCUCCCUCGCGCAGCACAAGUGCUCCCGUAUAGUGCGCGUGGAGUACCGGUGCCCCGAGUGCGAGAAAGUCUUCAGCUGUCCCGCCAACUUGGCAUCCCACCGCCGUUGGCACAAACCUCGUCCGGUAAACAACCAAGGAGGAGAGACUCAGACGAACAAGAGUCAGCUGUUAAAAGAGGCACGAGAGAUGGAGGGCAAAGAGAACGAGCUGCUGCGCAUAAACACCAAUCAGCACCACGACGCGCUGGACAGUUCCCGCAUCAGGCGCGAGCCGUCCCUGCUGCUGCUCCACGGUCGGUCCCGGGACAGCCCCGACAGCGACAGCCUCGCGCCCCCUCCCUAUGACUCCUCGCUCCAUUACCGGAACCCGGUGGAAGGCUGCCAGGACCUGCAGCAGCAGCAGGUGAGAGCGGCGGACAGCCCACCCUCGAGCCUCCUUCUACUGAACUGCAACCCAGACGAGCGCGCGGACCUGCAACAGCAGCCGUCGCUCCCGCAUCCUCCUCUACAGUUCGUCCAGUCCUUACCGGAGGAGGAAGUGUACGAGUGCCGGUACUGUGGGAAGAAAUUCCGCCGACAGGCUUACCUGAAGAAACACCUGGCCGCGCACGAGAUGGCAGCGCGAGGGUCUCCGCCCCCGUCGCCCUACGGCCAGGCGCGCGAGACCGGCGGAGGACAGAGCCAGGUGUUCCUGUGUCACCUCUGCGGCGCGCGCUUCCCGUCGGUUGAAAUCAGGGACAAGCACCGUCUGUGGCACGCGAUGAGGGACGAGUUGCUGGCGGGAACAUUGGGAGGCGGACUCAGACCGGACGUCUUCCAUGCGCAAGGAGACGAGCGCAGCCCAGGGGAAUGCGAGCAGCAGCAGCAGCAGCAGCAGCAGCAGCAGCAGCAGCAGCAGAUCUUCACGUGCAAGCACUGUCCGUCCACAUUCUUCAGCUCCCCGGGGCUCGCGAGACACAUCAACAAAUCUCAUCCCACAGAGAACCGGCAUGUGAUGCUGCUGCAGAUGACGGUGCGACCGUAAAACACGCGCGAGAUAUACUGUACAGACACUCAAACAAGCCAACAGAUUAUUUAUAAAAAAAAAAAUAAAAAUAAAGAUUAGUCAUUUAUUGUUACUACGGAGAACCUAUUAACUGUGUAAAUUGUAAAUUGGGACUGAGGCCUGUUUUAUUUUCAGUUGUAGUCAAAAAGCAACACGUGUAUCACUGUGUGUUACAGAAUGUUAAUUACGGUUGAGUCACUAUAUGCCUUUUGUGUAAAGGUGAGUAAGCAUCUUAACUUCUAAAUUGUUUAAAAAAAAAAGGUCCACAUAUGAUAUACUGACACCAGAACGAUGCAAACGUUGUCCGUCAUGAAACGGAUGAAGUCAAGAGCAAAUGUUAACAAAACGAUUGCUGACAGUUUCGCUGAAACUGGAUACUUGCAUAGCCUAACAGUAUACAGCAUAUAACGCUGUCAGUAAAAAUGGAACCGUCCAUGGAACUGUCCAUGGUGCUGAAGCUAAAUACCGACCUACUGAAACCACAACCCCUGUCAGGAUACUGACACCAUGUCUCUUCUGUAUUCUUCCACAGGUUGUUCAGUCUUUAUAACAAGCAGGAUUGUAAUACUACCAUAAUGAG